AUGGCUGAGCCGCUGGCCAAGAAGCCGGGCACUUCGGACAAGGCUCCCGCCGCGGGGAUCAAGUUCAGGAGCCGCCGCUCCCGGGAUUUGCUCUCCAUGCAGCCCGCGCGGGGCAGCCGCGCACGGCGCCAGCGGCGCUGGGACGCGGCGCUCCUGGCGCGCUCCGUGGCGCGCCUGCCGGCCGAGCGCCGCGACGGCGACUACCUGCUGGGCAUCAAGCGGCUGCGGCGCCUCUACUGCAACGUGGGCAUCGGCUUCCACAUCCAGGUGCUGCCCGGCGGCCGCAUCGACGGCGUGCACAGCGAGAACCGAUACAGUCUGCUGGAGAUCUCCCCCGUGGAGAGGGGAGUGGUGAGCAUAUUCGGCGUGAAGAGCGGACUCUUCGUGGCCAUGAACAGCAAAGGCAAACUCUACGGAUCCACCCACUUCAAUGACGAGUGCAAAUUCAAAGAGAUCCUCCUGCCAAACAACUACAACGCUUAUGAAUCCAGGAUUUAUCCCGGGAUGUACAUAGCCCUGAGCAAAAACGGAAGAACAAAGAAAGGCAAUAAAGUAUCUCCCACAAUGACAGUGACACAUUUUCUUCCUAGAAUUUGA